UGUUGUGUUCCAGGACGACCCGUGUGAACCAUUUCGUAUCCCAGUUAUUUACACUCACUGUUUUCGUUGUUUUGCCCUGUACCCCUUGUCCUACUUAAACAUAGAAACACAUUUUUGUUGGCGCUAUGAGUUCUUCUGAUGUGGCUCGGCAACCGGAUCCGUCCCGGUCCCUCUCCCUGUCUGGCCAUGUAGGUUUUGACAGCCUUCCGGACCAACUGGUUAAUAAGUCUACUUGCCAGGGAUUCUGCUUUAACAUCCUCUGCAUUGGUGAGACUGGAAUUGGCAAGUCUACCUUAAUGGACACUCUGUUCAACACAAACUUUGAGAACUUUGAGGCCUCCCACUUUGAGCCGCAGGUGAAGCUGCGGGCUCAGACCUACGACCUGCAGGAGAGCAACGUGCGCCUGCGCCUCACUGUGGUCAACACGGUGGGCUUCGGGGACCAGAUGAAUAAACAGGAGAGUUACCAGCCGGUGGUGGACUACAUUGAUCGUCAGUUUGAGAGCUACCUGCAGGAGGAGCUGAAGAUCAAGCGCUCCCUCCACAGCUACCACGACUCGCGCGUCCACGCCUGCCUCUACUUCAUCUCUCCAACAGGCCACUCUCUCAAGUCCCUUGACCUGGUCACCAUGAAGAAGCUGGACAGUAAGGUCAACAUCAUCCCCGUCAUCGCCAAGGCGGACACCAUCAGCAAGAGUGAGCUGCACAAGUUCAAGAUCAAGAUCAUGAGCGAGCUGGUCAGCAACGGGGUCCAGAUCUACCAGUUCCCGCUGGACGACGAGACCGUGGCUCAGGUCAACACUGCCAUGAACGGUCUUCUGCCAUUCGCCGUAGUGGGCAGCACAGAGGAGGUGUCUGUGGGCAACAAAAUGGUGAAGGCUCGCCAGUACCCCUGGGGCGUGGUCCAAGUGGAGAACGAGACCCACUGUGACUUUGUGAAGCUGCGGGAGAUGCUGAUCUGCGUCAACAUGGAGGACCUGCGGGAGCAGACGCACACGGCCCACUACGAGCUGUACCGCCGCUGCAAGCUGGAGGAGAUGGGCUUCAAGGACACGGACCCCGAGAGCAAGCCCGUCAGUCUGCAGGAGACCUAUGAGGCCAAGCGACAGGAGUUCCUGCUGGAGCUGCAGAAGCGGGAGGAGGAGAUGAGACAGAUGUUUGUCCAGAGAGUCAAGGAGAAGGAGUCAGAACUGAAGGACUCUGAGAGAGAGCUGCAGAACCGCUUCGAGCAGCUGAAGCGUCUCCACGCCGACGAGAAGGCGGCACUGGAGGAGAAGAGGAGGCUCCUGGAGGACGACCAGAGCUCCUUCGGGAAGAGGCGCGCCGCCGCCCAGCUCCUGGCCGCCCAGAACCUCACCUCCAACGGCAAGAAGGACAAGGACCGCAAGAAGUAAGGCUCGGGGUUCAUGUGAGGAUCUCCACCAUGACGGUACUCUGUACACAACCACGCAGUCCCGCAAGAGCAUCUCCUCUGCCCUCAUUGGCCAGUUUGUAACACUAGUCGGGAACCAAAGGAUGACCACCAGUGUAUGUGUGUGAGUGGGACACGUGCCAAAGUUAAUUCUGUGUUUGCUUUAAGGUGUGUGAUACGCCAAUAAUCCCGAUUUUCCAUAUUCUUAUUUUGGUGGGAUUGAAACUCACUUUAAGUAAUGUAUUUUUAUAUUUAUCCUUUUGUAUUUACAAGAAUGCUUUUUCUUUGUGUACACCUGCGUUUUUGUGAUUUAUGUAUAUUGUACUUUUUACCGAACCGAGUUCAGUCCUCAAAAAUGGUUCCGACUGAGCACCAGUUUUUACACUAAGCCUGAGAAAAUGCAGGCUCUUAUGAAGUAGAGGUUGUCCCUCCUUGACAAGUUUACCUCCACUUAUGUCAUAGUAUGAGCAAUCCAAUUAAAAUUUAAAUAUUAAUGCCUGAACCAAAAUAGGGCCAUGUUUGUUUUAAAUUGAAGCUUGAGACUUCAUAAUAUACAGCCAAGAAAAAGCGUCAUAUCCUCCACUUCCAGUGUGACUAUUGCUAGUUACUGAAAUAUUCUAAUUGAGUUUAAGAAGGGAAACUGGGUUCAUGCCGCAUGGAAUUCUACCAUAGUUAUUUCUAGCAUUUCUAAUCCAAUUACAGAUGGGCUCUUCCCCUUGAAGUCUGUACUGCUCAGGAUUGUAAUACAUUUUAUAUAUAAUAACUAUUUUAUAUAUCUAUAGAGUUUACCUGCCCAUUAACUGUCUCUCUUGUUUCAAGAGAUGGAUGAUAUGAAAAGGAAAGAAAAUAUCUGGUUUUAUUGAAAAACGAUGGAUGAAAAUAAGCACUAUAUUAGCUUUCCGUCCUCAUCUUCUUGUACUUGUGAAAUUAUUAAAUUGAAAAAUUAUUCAGUUCACCUAAAGCAACAGCAGUUUGCGUCAAGACCUUCCUUGUUUAAAGCAGCAUUGUGUUCUGUGUGUGCAGCAGUUUGUGUAAGCCUCACACCACUGUGUCAGAUUUAAGUAAAGGGUGAGUUGAACUAACAUUUACUUGGAGCCAGAAGGUCCAUUGUGGGUUACCAUCCUCUAACACAGCCCGCACCAGGGAUUGACAAGGCCCAAAACCCUUCCAACUAUUUCUCUAGCCCACUUUUUUUUUACCAGGCUUCAUCUAAAGAACAGUGUUAUUGCGAAGUAAUGUUUUUCUAAUGUCUGAAUAAAUCUUUGUAUUUUUGUCACAA